AUGAAAGAUGAAGAUAGAAUGUUUUUAAAUCUUUUUGGAAGACAUGAUUGGAGAUUGAAAGGUUCCAUGGCAUUGGGUAACUGGUAUAAAACCAAAGAGAUCUUAUUAAAAGGUCCAGAAUGGAUUUUAAAAGAGAUCUCUGCUUCUGGUUUGAGGGGUCGAGGUGGAGCUGGCUUCCCUACUGGAAUGAAAUGGGGAUUCAUGAACAAACCCUCAGAUGGAAGACCUAAGUAUCUGGUAGUGAAUGCCGAUGAAGGGGAACCUGGUACCUGUAAGGACAGGGAAAUUAUGAGACAUGACCCACAUAUGUUGGUGGAAGGUUGUUUGGUGGCUGGUCGAGCUAUGGGAGCUAGAGCAGCUUAUAUUUACAUCAGAGGAGAGUUUUACAAUGAAGCGUCCAAUCUACAGAUAGCUAUAAAUGAGGCCUAUAAAGCUGGUUUUAUUGGUAACAAUGCUUGUGGAUCUGGGUACGAUUUCGACGUGUAUGUUCAUCGAGGAGCUGGGGCUUACAUCUGUGGAGAAGAGACGGCCCUGAUUGAAUCCCUAGAAGGUAAACAAGGAAAACCCAGACUCAAACCACCAUUCCCUGCUGAUGUUGGUGUAUUUGGUUGCCCAACAACAGUUGCUAAUGUAGAAACAGUAGCUGUAGCACCAGGAAUCUGUCGAAGAGGAGGUGAAUGGUUUGCUUCGUUCGGUAGAGAAAGAAACAGGGGAAACAAGUUGUUCAAUAUCUCAGGACAAGUAAACAAUCCAACCACAGUAGAAGAAGAGAUGUCCAUCCCAUUGAAAGAACUGAUAGAGCGCCAUGCUGGUGGUGUGAUUGGUGGGUGGGACAAUCUCCUGUGUGUCAUACCAGGGGGUUCAUCUACUCCUAUCAUACCUAGAAGCGUCUGUGAUGAUGUUCUCAUGGAUUUCGAUGCUUUGAUCCAAGCUCAGACAGGUCUUGGUACAGCUGCCAUCAUUGUCAUGAAUAAACAAUCAGAUGUCAUCCGAUGUAUAGCCAGAUUGAUUGACUUCUAUAAGCAUGAAUCAUGUGGCCAGUGUACCCCAUGUCGAGAGGGAUGUGGCUGGAUGAAGAAGGUUAUGGACAGAUUCGUGACUGGUGAUGCUGAAGAAAGAGAAAUUGAUAUGUUGUAUGAAUUGACGAAGCAGAUUGAGGGACACACCAUCUGUGCUCUGGGAGAUGGUGCAGCAUGGCCUGUUCAGGGCUUGAUCAGACAUUUUAGACCAGUUAUUGUCGAAAGAAUGAAACAAUUCGAACAGAGCCAAGCCAGAACUGCUAAAAUGUGA